UUUCCCUCCCCUCCUUUUUAAUCGGCGACGCCUACUCAACACGACCGCAGCCGGUGAGAGAAGGGUUCGGUGCCGAAAACCCCAAUCGCCUCCGCCCCCCUCCCCUCCUCCGGUCGCCGCCGCCUCCCGCAUUCCGCCGCGCCGAUCGGGUUGGUGAGAGGGGCCGCGUGGGAUGGCGUCGUCAGCGUCUGCGCCGGCGUCCAAGGGCCCGCGCUACGCGCCGCCCGAUCCGACGCUGCCCAAGCCGUGGAGGGCGCUCAUCGACGGCAACACCGGGUACCUCUACUUCUGGAACCCGGAGACCAAGGUCACCCAGUACGAGCGCCCCGUCGCAGCCGUGCCCCCCUCCCCGUCGCAGCCGCCUGGCUACUCCAGGCCCGAGGAGAGGGCGAGGAGCAGCGGGCCUUCCGAGUCGCGCUCGGAAGCUGCGGUGAGCCGCUCGCAGUAUGCGCCUUCCUCUGAUAACAUAACAAGGAAUGAUCACUCAGAGCCACGUUCUGCAGCUGGAGCAAAUGUUUCACAGAGUGCUCAGUUCACCAAUCAAGUUUCUCAGGCUGCCAAUGGAAGCCAAAUGUCGACAGAAGCAUAUCGUGCUAAGCAUGAGAUUACUAUCAUUGGCAACGAGGCACCAGCACCAUUCAUGACAUUUCAGUCCACAGGUUUCCCUUCCGAGAUUCUAAGGGAGGUUCUGCAGGCAGGAUUCUCUUCACCAACUCCUAUCCAAGCUCAGUCAUGGCCAAUUGCUCUAAAAGGUCGUGACAUUGUAGCUGUGGCGAAGACAGGAUCUGGAAAAACACUGGGAUAUCUAAUUCCAGGGUUUGUUCUUCUGAAGCGCCUACAGCAUAAUUCAAGGGAAGGUCCAACAGUAUUAGUUUUGUCUCCAACCAGGGAGUUGGCAACACAAAUUCAAGAUGAAGCAAUCAAGUUUGGCAGAUCUUCAAGAAUAUCUUCCACUUGCUUAUAUGGAGGUGCCCCCAAAGGCCCUCAGCUAAGAGAGUUGGAUCGUGGUGCUGACGUUGUUGUUGCAACUCCUGGGAGAUUGAAUGACAUUUUGGAAAUGAAUAGAGUGAGCCUACGUCAAGUAUCAUAUCUUGUCCUUGAUGAAGCUGACCGUAUGCUUGAUAUGGGAUUUGAGCCACAAAUAAGAAAAAUUGUUAAACAAAUAUCAUCUAGACGGCAAACUCUUAUGUACACUGCCACAUGGCCAAAAGAGGUGAGAAAAAUAGCGUCGGAUUUACUGGUUAACCCAAUUCAAGUAAACAUUGGGAACACAGAUCAGCUGGUUGCAAAUAAGUCAAUUACCCAGCAUGUGGAAGUGAUCUCACAUUCGGAGAAAUCAAGACGACUUGAUCAGAUCUUGCGUUCACAAGAACCUGGGUCCAAGGUCAUAAUAUUUUGCUCUACCAAGAGGAUGUGUGAUCAACUGGCUCGGAACCUAUCACGGCAGUAUGGUGCUUCUGCUAUUCAUGGUGAUAAAUCACAGGCUGAGAGGGAUUCUGUGUUGAGUGACUUUCGAAGCGGAAGGUGUCCAGUUCUUGUAGCCACUGAUGUGGCCGCUCGAGGCUUAGACAUAAAGGAUAUCAGAGUCGUGGUUAACUAUGAUUUCCCAACUGGUGUGGAGGACUAUGUCCAUAGAAUUGGGAGGACGGGUAGAGCUGGUGCGACAGGAUCUGCCUACACAUUCUUCGGUGACCAGGACUCAAAGUAUGCUUCAGACCUUGUGAAGAUUUUGGAGGGUGCAGACCAAUCUGUGCCACCACAAUUAAAAGAAAUGGCUCUUCGUGGAGGAUAUGGUGGAAGAUCACGUCGGUGGGCAUCUUCUGAUAACUCUUAUGGUGGUCAGGGAUAUGGUGCUAAAAGAUCCACCGACAGCUUCAAUAACAGUAACUUCGGCAAUCAGGCUGGGGGCGGUUCAAGCUUUCACUCAAGCUUCUAUAACAACACAAGUGGCAGUCAGUUUGGUGAUACUCCGAGCUUUCGUGGCAGCUAUGAUAACAGCAGCCGCAAUAACAAGAGUGGUGAUGCCAGCUUUCCUCCAAGCUCCGGCAACAAUCAAUCUGGGGAUGGUCUCAGUUUUCAUGAAAGGUUCUAUGGACCACUUGGAGGGGAUCAAAGCAGAACAAGCAAUGAUGGAUUCCGUGCUAGGAGCAGGAGUCCUCCAAGCAAGGCUGUGGGAGUUUCCAACUGGUAAUUGCAUCUUCUAGGUGCGACUCAGUUUUUGCGAUGGUGACGAAACCAAUUAGAUGAAGAUGGUACCCCUAACUAAAUUAUAUUACUUCCUUUGUUGUCCCGCUUAAACCAAAGGAUGUCAUGGAACAUCACUAACUUAGGAUAUGGGUGUUGGAACUCAUCCCUAAUGGUUUCCUGGUAUGCUGAUUUGAUGACUGGGAGAAGCCUGACACCUUACCAUGUGCUGGCAGUCGUAGUUUGUAAAGUGGUGAAGCUCAACUUCUUUCCUAGUAUACCUCCUAAUGCUAGAACCUGAUCAUGGGGAAACAAACUGCUUGGGGCUGAGUUUUGGAUGGAAUGGACAGCCUAUGUUUCUGUUUAAUGUUAUGUACAAUUUAUGUCCAUGACUGUUGUAAAUGCUUAUGGCAUGGUUUUAUCUUGAACUGAAUGCCCGUUAUUACA